AUGGUGAUUGCCGGAGCACCUGAGCCGUUGCCAGAGCUCGUUGCCGCCUGGUCGGCUGUGGUCGCCAAGCCUCCGGCGGAGCCCGAAAGGGCGACCAUGGCGACGAAGCCCCCUCUACCGCCGGCUCCGAAACCCGUGACAGCAGUCUCUGAAAAGACUCCUCCCCACACACCCGCGGCUCCCCUUGCCGGGUCAGAGGCUGGCCCGUCCGCUCCCGCUGCUAUUCCGUCUGCUCCACCUGCGGCACCAGGCCCCCUGGCUCCCCUUGUCGAGCCGUCGGCGUCUGCCCCUGCUGGGGGUGUUGCUGAACCCCCUGCACCUGUCCCUGGCGCCCUUGUUGCGCCGAACGCUUCUGCCCCCUGCUUGCCUGCGCCGGCCUCUGCUUCGCCACCAAAGGCGGCGUCCGCCACCACUGGCGAACCGGAUCCGUCGGUUGCGCCUGCGACGGCGAAUCAGUCCGCCCCCGCUGUGAUGGCGGUGGCUCCUGCAGGCCAGCCGUCACGCCCUCCGUCGCCUGACCGUCGCUCGUCGCGCCCCCAUUCCCCCGCUCCCCACCAGGACCGCAAGUCGUCUCGUCGCCGGCGUGAGUCUCCACGGCGUUACCAGCAACAGUCGCACUGGCCUGCUCACCCCGGGGGUCAAGGGGAUUGGAGGGGUCCCCAUGCUCGUGGCGGGGGUGGGGGGUAUCGCCCGCCCGUGACGAUGGCGGAUCUUCAGCGGGAAGUGUCGAGGGCGGUUCAGGAGGAGAGGGCGGCGCAGAGCCAGAGCAGUUCGCUGCGCGCCUUGCCAGCCCACGAGGUUCCCCGUCCGGCUGCGCUCCCCCCGAACCCGCAGCCUGUUCCUGCGCCUCCCCCUCAGAUCCAAGCGCCACCAGCUCCUUCUCCCGCUGUAUCGGUGCCUGCUCCCGGCUCUCGUCUCCAUCUGCCGCCGGUUCCACCUGUUGCGGGAGUGGAGUUUGUGGCCGCGGGUGGCGGCUCGUUGGCGGCUCCGUUCGCUCUCCCAGCUGAUGCUGAUGAGCCGCUCCAGUUCCUGGCGGAGGCACUCCAGCCCGUGUUCCCGAGGCGACUCUCGGACAGCUACACCGCCUCGCUGACACGGGACUCUUGCCUGGACGCGGCGGACCAGCUCGCGGUGCUGCUGGCGCCCGUGCUGGCUGCGCCCGUGGAGGGUGGCGCUGCUGCUGCGGGACAGCUUGACGAAGCCGUCCGGGGCUUGAGGCGGCACUUGCGCGGAGGAUCUGGAGCCGCGGCGAUCGGCGCAAGCACGCUAGUGGUCCGGGAGCUGUGGCGCUCCCUGACGGGCGUUCUUCAUGCCCUUGGAGCUCACCGCAUGUAG